AGACAUAUUAUAGACAGACACAGAGGAAGAAGAGAGAGAGAGAGAGAGGGGGCUUAGAUAUCUUCCUACUCGUCGCCGCAGAGAGAGAGAGAGAGAGAGAGAGAGAGAGAGAGAGAGGGAGGAGCUUCGCUUGGUGCAGAGAGCUUCCGUCCCGCCACUAACCCUAAUUGGAUCUAUCAGUUCUGCGUGUGUGUGAGAGAGAGAGAGAGAGGCUGUCUGUGCGUGCUGGGGGAGAGAGCCCAGGGGAGGUGAUAAUGGGGAGCAAAGGCGGAGGAGGCGGCGCCGCCGGGAAUAACGGGAUUUCUACAAUCCCGGCGGGGUCCCGGAAGAUUGUGCAGAGCUUGAAGGAGAUUGUGAGCUGCUCGGAGCUGGAGAUCUACGCAGUCCUUAAGGACUGCAAUAUGGACCCCAACGAAGCCGUCAAUCGCCUCCUCACUCAAGAUCCUUUCCGCGAGGUGAAGAGUAAAAGAGAAAAGAAGAAAGAGACUAAGGAUACAAUAGAUACCAAGUCUCGUGGUGGUAAUAGCACAUCCAAUCGUGGUGCUAGGAGUGCCGCUGAUCGCUAUGCGAGUCGUGGUCGUACAAGCGUGUCAACUUCUUCUGAAUCUGCUGCAAUGCACGGAAAGCCCCUGUUUAAGAAGGAAAAUGGGGCACAUGCUUACACUGGUUCUUCAUCCUUUGCAUCUGUUGCCUUGGGAAAUAAUGGGAUUCGUCGACCUGCAUCAUACAGUGAUUCUUCACCCUUGGAAAAUAAAGUACCGUCAGGAGGAGAAAAUGAUGUAGUUUCCGGAUCAGUGCAGCCUUCGUCGGGAUUUCAAUCAACCUGGUUUGGGGUCCCAGGUCAGGUAUCUAUGGCAGAUAUAGUUAAAAUGGGUAGGCCACAAGCCAAGGUUUCAUCUGCAACACCGAACUUGCCUAAUCAUCAGCACACAGUUCCGCCUCCUUCAGCAUCUGCCUAUGACGAUUUUCAUCCUCAGGCAGAGAAUAGAUCUUCAGUAGGUUUGAAGUCCGAUCCAGUAUUCUCUACAACCCAGCAUUCUCCUGCAGAUGAUGAAUGGCCCUUAGAUGAGCAGCAGGUCCCCCCUAAUGAUGAGUGGCCUCCAUUUGAGCAAUCACAUCCUACAGUGCCCUCUGUCUUGGAGGCUCAAGGGGAAUCUAAGCUCUAUGCAGACCAAUCUAAUCUACCUAUGGAAAGAAGCAGCCAGCUUUUAGCUUCUCAAUUGGAUGGCGUUCAUCUUUCAGAUGAUGGGCCCCUUGAAAGUAAUGUGAAUCACAUCGGAGUUGCUUCAAUAUCAAACAGAAACAUAGAGGAGGAGGAUAGUCAGGAUGAUUCUCUUUUCGAUAACAAUGUCUACCAGAAUGCUACUACCUACCAGCCACAUCUCCAUACAUAUGACCAUAGUGAAGAUGAAGACGAUGUUACAGCAGUACCUGGGAACAUGCCGCAGCAACUAAGUUUGCAGAAGGAAGAAGAGGGUGUUCCCUCCGAAGAAGAUGUUCCUGCUGUUGUGAUCCCUGAUCACCUUCAGGUCCAUACUCUAGAUUGUCAACACUUGAGCUUUGGCAGUUUCGGAGCUGGCAUUGGUGCUAACUUUUCUGGGUCAGUGUCAUCUCGAUCCAUGAAGAUUAAUUUAGCUGAAGCACCUUCAGUUGCAGAUACUGCUUCAGUUUCUCAAGUGGAUGCUAGGAAACCUGAGCAUUAUGGAGACGAGCAUCUUGGGCCUUCUCCUUCCGAUGUGGAGAAUGUACAUGUCACUUCAGCAAAUGUCGCAAAUUAUGACUCUGCCCCAGUUUCACAAUCGGAGGUUUUGCAACCAGAAACCACUGAAGCUGUUCAAGGGAAUCAGUAUACGUUUACUUCUUCCGCUCAAGGUUAUAGCUAUGAAAACAGCCAGAACUUAAAUGCUGCAUUUAGUCACACACAAACAAGCUCACAAAUGCAGAACCUGGCUCUGUUUUCUAGUGUCCUGCCUGCGUAUACGGGUUCUUUACCAAGCACUUUGUUGGCAUCAACUGUUCAGACGGGGCGAGAGUCAGAUCUGCCAUACUUGCCCUUCCCUGUGACUCAGUCAAUGCCCACAAAAUUUAGCAACCCAGCUUCUUCUAUCAGCAGUUCCAUUAUUUCCAAUCCAGAGGCAUUUAGGGCUGGUGGCAUCUCGACAGCUCAGCCGACAGCACAGACACUGCCAACAGGCCCCGCUGCCCUACCCCAGCACCUUGCCAUGCACCCUUAUUCCCAGCACACCCUUCCCUUGGGGCACUUUGCGAACAUGGUCAGUUACCCUUUUCUGCCCCAGAGCUACUCCUACAUGCCCUCGGCCUUCCAGCAGGCUUUCGCUGGAAGCAGCACGUAUCCUCAGUCUUUAGCGGCAGUCCUCCCGCAGUACAAGAACAGCCUCUCUGUUAGCAGCUUGCCCCAAUCUGGGGCAAUUGCUUCAGGAUAUGGGUUUGGGAGUUCGAAUAGUAUCCCUGGGGGGAACUUUGCCCUGAAUCAGCCUGCUGCUGCCGGCGCUGCCCCUGCUGGCUCCACGAUCGGAUACGAGGAUGCUUUGAGCUCGCAGUACAAGGAUGCUACUCAUUUAUUGUCUCUUCAGCAGCAGAAUGAUAACUCGGCCAUGUGGGUCCAUGGGCCCGGUUCAAGAACGAUGCCAGCUGUCCCUGCCAGCAACUACUACAACUAUCAGGGUCAAAGUCAACAGCCUGCAGGUCUCAGGCAAGGCCAGCAGCCAUCGCAGCACUUUGGUGGGGCCCUUGGGUACCCGAACUUCUACCAGUCUGCUGGGAUGUCACUGGAACAACAGCAGCAACAGCAGCAGCAGCAUCAGCACCAGCAGCAUCAGCACCAGCAACACAUGGCUGGGGACGGGUCCCUUAUCGGGGCCCACUCACAGAGCCAGCAGCCGAAGCAGACCCCUCAGUUAUGGCAGAACACCUACUGAUCUCCUCCCUUGCCUUACUGCUCUUUCCCCUCCUCCCAUCGCCUUCCCUUCCCCGUGUUUUUUAGGGUCAAGAGUACCUAAGAAGAUCCCUACCCGAAGUGGCCCUUGACUGAAGGCACUUGUGCUAUGAAAUAAUCGAGACAUAUAACCCUUUGUGCCUUAGUUGUCGUGCCACGAGGUUGGUUUGUAUUUUACAAGUUUUCCUGCUGCCUGCCUGCUGGGCUUUUUCUAGGUUUUAACUUAGGAACCGGUGUGUGCUGCUGCUGCUGCUAACUCGCACGAAUUCAGAUUUUUCGGUCUCUCUCUCUCUUGAUCCUUCUUGUUAGUUCUGAUUGUUCUAGUUAACCUUUUUAUAUAUUGGCGUAGAGAAGUGGCAUUUGCUUUCUGUUGAGUUCA